AGAGUACAUUUAGCGCUCGUUUACACAGUUCGGAGACUGCUGCUCAGUCAAACACUCACUGAUACACAUCAGCCUUAGCUGAGCGACAGUGCCAUAUCAAAAGAAAAUGACCGCGGAACACGAAUCUGAUCAGUGGCUGCUGGACGAAUCUGUCUCGUGCAUCCUCGUCCUAAACUGUUCAGCGUGGGAUCUACUUCAUAUCUUGCGCGAUAGCAUCGAUAUCAGUUUUGGGAUGUGUCAUAUGUCGCCAUUGAUGUUCUGCUCGAAUAGUCCAGGUUAUGCUCAGCAGGUAUAUGAUGCACCCUUCAUGAGUCUUGCAUGUCUCUCAACUGCAGAAUGCGUCGUGGUCGCAUCAAUGUUCAAAUACGUGGUAAGAAUCAGAUUACUCAUCAGAAACAUCCCUUGUCAGACCUGUUUAGUCGCAAGGUCAGGCAAAAUGGCAAGAACAAAGCAUUCUGGAAGCAGGAUAUAUCGGCAUAAUUUCCGAAUUUUAGUGAGUGUCGUACUUGCUAUGUCAUUGUGGGUGCGCCAUUGAGAUGACUAGAAAGUCUAAGGUUAGCAGGUUUCUGAUUGACGUCGUGGAUGACUAUUGAUGGUAAGGCCGUCAGGGAACGUAUACACC